AUGCCGCGUUCGCUAUCACACGCUAAUCUCCCGUCCGGCAAUGGAUUCGACCGCUCACGGGCGACGCCCGCGCCGGCGACACCUGAACCACACGGCCGUCGCACCGGCGAAAACGACCGCCGGCGACCCGCCUGCGUUGCACAUGACGUCACGCCGUCACAGGCGACGGAGCUCGCCGCGCCGCGCCGCCCCGCCCCCUGCGACUGCCCACGUACGCACCGACGCUCCUGCCAUGUGCACCCGUCUCGGGCACGGCCACAGAACGUCUUCCUCGAUCUUGACUGCCUUGCUUCCGACGAGUGCCGUAUACUUGAUGAUUUCCGUCAUCGUGUAUUAAUGAUGCCAAAAUCAAACGUUUGUGUACGAAUACCUGACUUGUUUUCAGAUAUUUUCUCCGCAGCGGGAGCUGCAUCUAGCCAGUCUUGUGAUUCAAAGGAGUCUUCCUCAAAGUUAGUUGUAAUGAAAGUUACUUCACCGGAACCAAAUGGCAAAGAAGAAAAGAAAGAAAGUGAUACUGACAAGUCAUUUUCUCCAGUUGCUAGAGCGUUUUCAUCUCCUAAAUCAGAUAACCCAAUUCUUUCAUCACCACGUUUUGGAUCAUCAUUUGGUACCAAAUCUUUUGCCCUACGACAAAGUGCGUUUGGUGCAUCUAAAUUUGGUGGAGGAUCUACUUCAUCUUGUUUGGCUACAAGUCCUAAACCUAUUGUUUUACGCCCCUCUCAGUUAGCAGUUGGCAGCUCAGAAAACCAACAAGCAUCUCUUUCAGCAACAACUGAAUCAAAAAUAAAUAAUCCUUUUGCAAGAGUUCCUGCAGUGGCUGAAACAAAUUCUGAAACUCAAGCUAAGGACGCUGAAAGAAGUAAACUAAAUGAAUCUGAAACAAAUUCAGAAAUAAAUAAACAAAAUACACCUAUUAAGGGAGGUGUUGCUGAUGCUUCUUCAAGUCAUAAAGCUGAUGCACCUGUAAAUUCAGUGCUGUCAUCCCCUAAAUUUGUACCUCUUGGCACCCCAGUAAAUCAGAAAGAUGAAACAAGUUCAUCAGGGUCUGUAACAAAUCCUUCGACAGGUGUUAGUGGAUUUGUGUUUGGGCAGAAUCUUCAUGAACGAGUGGAGGUUGCAAAACCUGAAGUUCCUGAGACAAGUAUUAGUGUUGGUGAUACAUCUAAUCCUGCUCCCAGUUCUUCGGCAUCUACUAAUGGAACAUCAGAAAUGCUUUUUACCUCUGUUCUGCAGAAGGAAUUAGGCACUGAAGAAAAAAGUGCUAGUAGUAAUAGUAAUGACAGUGGAGAACGUCCAAGUAAAAGCCUAAGUGAAGCUGCUCGUGAAUAUGAAGAAGCGAGAGCUGUGAAAAGAAAGUAUGAAGAAGUUACUGUUGUAACAGGAGAAGAAGAUGAAGCUAAUGUUUUGCAGCUUAAUUGCAAGUUAUUUGCUUUUGACAAACCCACAUCAACAUGGGUAGAAAGAGGACGUGGUAAUUUGAGAUUAAAUGAUAUGGAUGGACCAGAUGGUUUGCAGUCAAGAGUAGUGAUUCGUACUACUGGAAGUUUGCGUGUGGUACUCAAUACAAAGAUAUGGGCUGGAAUGGUUGUUGAUCGAGCAAGUGCCAAAAGUGUACGACUUACUGCCAUGGAUAACACUGGUCAGAUUAAAGUGUUUCUAGUUAUGGCCAGCCCAAAGGAAAUUGAACAAUUGUAUCAAGCUCUUACAUCUCGAGUGGCUCGCAAGCAGCAGUGCAAGUCUAGUAAAGGUGAAAGCUCUAGUUCACAACCACCUGAGUACAAAGAAGUCAGUUGCAGCAGUUCAAUAUUGGAACCUGCUAGGAAAAGACCAUCUCUCUUACAAGAUGCUGGAGGUGGCAGUGAACCGAAGGUAACAGUACAACUGGUGUUGCCUUAA